AUGAGCUCGAACUCGCAGGACAAGACACAAGCGCUUCACUACCUCGAGGAGUUCCAGAAGACACCAGAGGCAUGGAAUGCGGUUCAUACGAUACUACAACAGCAGCAGUACCCGGUAGAGAUGAAGAUGUUUGCAGCUCAGACGUUGAGAAAUAAGAUGACGUACGACUUGCACCAGAUUCCUCCUGAGGCGCUUGCUGGGUUGAAGGACUCGACGAUGGGGUUCUUGAUCCAGUACUCCGAGGUCAACAAGCCGAUUAGAACCCAACUCUGCAUUGCACUUUCCAAGUUGACCAUUCAGUUCUUGCAAUGGGACAACGCUGUGGAUGAAAUCAUAGCCACUCUACAACAGCAAGUCCCGACGUUGUUGGAGUUCUUGAAGAUCCUCCCGGAGGAGUCGUUUGACGCCAAGGGUACGCCGUUGACGGACGAAGAGUUUAGACUAAGAACGGAUCAGUUGAUUGUGGCAAACGUGGAGAAAGUUCUAACGUUGCUUUCAAACUAUGCUCAACAAUCUGGAGACAACUCGCGUGCAAGCUCAUUGAUAUUGGACUGUUUGAACUCCUGGAUUGGUGAAAUCCCUGUGGAACAACUCUUGCAGAUCCAACCUUUAACAAAUAUCAUAUUCAACUCUUUGAAGGAUGAAGACUCUUUUGAAAAGGCGAUCGAGUGUUUAUGCACCAUUGUCAGAGAGACAAAGGACAUUGACAACAUUGGCUUGAUUCAUGCGUUGUACCAACAGAUUGUACAAUUAAGACCACUAUUGCAACAGCACAACGAUGAUCCAGAUGUCUUUGGGUCGUUGACUAGACUAUUUGUCGAGUCAGGUGAGGCAUGGCAUAUUAUUAUUGCCAAACAACCACAAGACUACAAAGAAUUGGUGGAGAUCCUGUUACAGUGUACAGAUUACCAAGAAGAUUUGGAGAUUGUCAAGUACACGUUCUACUUUUGGUACUCUUUAAAACUCAUGAUCACAUUGGAUAGAUAUCAGGAAGCAAGACAGCAGUUCAUUCCAAUAUAUACGCAGCUCGUAAAUGUUAUGAUCAAGCAUCUGUACUAUCCAGAUGGAAGUGAAUCGGAUCCUCUCUUUGAGUCAAAGGAAGAGGAGGAAAAGUUUAAGGACUUCAGAUAUGAUAUGGGAGAUGUGUUGAAAGACUGUACCGCUGUCAUAGGUGCAGAGGCAUCUCUCUCAAUCCCAUUCCAACAGAUUCAAUCUGUUUUGAACUCACCGAAUGUGAAAUGGCAACAAGUUGAAGCACCAUUGUUCAGUUUGAGGGCAAUGGCCAAAGAGGUUACUCUAAAGGAGAACAAGAUCUUACCUCAAAUAAUGAACUUGUUGGUUCAACUACCAGAAAAUACCAAGAUCAGAUACGCUGCAACUUUAGUUCUUGGAAGAUACACUGAAUGGACAGCACUACACCCGGAGUUUUUAGAAAAACAACUGAACUACAUCAUCAGUGGAUUCCAGUUUGCAAAUUCCGAUAUAAUCACUGCAGCUUCAUUAGCAUUGAUGUAUUUUUGUCAAGAUUGUUCUAAAUUGUUGUCCAACUAUAUCGAACAGUUGUACAAUUUUUACAUCAACAUCUUGAACUCAAAUACCACUGCAAUUGAGAUCUCGUCAAUCUAUCAAAUCUCAGAAGGUAUCGCAUAUAUCAUUGAUAAACAAGACGACACAAAUAUUGCCAAUGCCACUAUGAUGUUUAUCAAACCAAUAUUGGAGAAAUUGGGGAAAUAUUCUCAGGAACAAGGUACAGAACAAAUCUACGAUGCUGUUGCACAAGAAAUUGAGAUCGUUAGGUUGUACUUUGAAGUUAUAAAACCAAGAAACUUGCAAGCAAAUUCUGAUCCUGUGGCAUCACUGGCUGUUGAAAUAUGGCCACUGGUGGUUACGCUCUUGGAAAAACACGGUCAAUCUCCAAAGGUUUCAGAACGUUGUAUGAAAUUCACAAAGACAAUAUUGCAAACAUAUGGUUCCUUUGUAUUGGAGUUGUUGCCAUCUAUUGCCAAUGUUUUAGUGAAGGGUUUCCAAACAACAAGAUUUGGUUGUUAUUUAUGGGUUUCUGGUGUUGUCAUUAGAGAAUUUGGCGAUGAGGGAAUUCCUCAACAGACCAAACAAGCUGUUUGGGAAUUUGCCUAUCAGCAAGUGACUUCAUUCCUUGCAGUUGUUAAAGAAGUUCAACCUAUUGACAUUCCCGAUUUAAUCGAUGACUUUUUCAGAAUGAUGGGUGAUGUGAUUAUGUUCUUUGUCACUCAAUACGUUCUGUCUGAUAUCUUGAAACCUUCCUUUGAUGCAUCCUUAGUUGCAUUGGAACUUGAAAAGACCGAGCCAGUUGUUAGCACCUUACACUUUUUAAUCGAUCUCAUCUCUUGGGGAUUUGACACCCCACCAAUUUCCAUUUUGGAGGAGAUUCCACCGGAGGUUAAAAUCACCGUGCAAAAUUUUAUUAGUGAGAAUGGUGGCAUCUUGGUGAACAGUUUACUACAGGGACUGAUCUUUAGAUUUUCACAAGAUGCACAGAUUGAUGCCUUUGAUGCAUUGGGUAAGACCAUUAGAUUGGCACCAAACCCGGAUACAGCAGUCAUGUGGUUAAAUGGCUCACUUGAUGCCUUACCACAGAACACUGUGUCACCACAAGAGAGAAACAAACUCCUUACAACAAUGUCUACUGCAUUGAACUCGAAAGAUUAUAGAAGGAUCAGGGUUAGUAUUAAGGAUUUCGUGACGUGGUAUUCGAGAAAGAACAUCACUCCAAGAUUCAAAGCGUGA